CAGGUGACCCUGAUCCCGACCUUUGAUUCGCUGGCGAUGCACGAGUGGUACCAGGAGACCCACGAGCGGCAGAGGGAGCUGAGCAUCACCGUGUUGGGCAGCAACAGCACGGUCGCCAUGCAGGAGGAGACCUUCCCCGCCUGCAAGGUCGAGUUCUGAGACUCCCGUCUGUCGCCAUGGUUACAUCCUGACCAAUCAGAGGAGCCUCGGAGCCUCUGAGCCCCGCCCCCCUUUUUCUGUUGAGCAUGCUCAGUCCAGAGUCCUGCACCGGGGGCCAAAACUGCAGCAGUAACAAAACAUUUCAAAUUCAGCCGAGGGGAGAUUUGCUUUGAUACCCCGCCAAAAUAAAGGAGAUCUUGGCGUCAGGUUGAGUUUAAUAAUAAGCUAAUAAAACUUAAUGUAGCAUGAAGUUGAGUUUGUUUUUAAAAUCCAUUAAUUAUGUUUUUGACCGGUUAUAAAAGUUUCUGAGGUUUCCCGACCCGCUGCAGGACUCUGGCUUAUUUCACACACUCUUAUUUUGAAGGGCGUUGCAACAGGAAGACAAGGUUUUGGGACUUCUCUUUUACAUUUCCUGCACCUGUGUGACAUCCCUGCACGGGUCACUUCCUGUCACUUCCUGUCACUUCCUGUCUCUCUGCUGGAUCAGGACAUUAGCACGUUAGCUAAAAGGCUAACGUCUCCAUGUGGCUUCAUUUUAUAAAAGCAGUUUUUAUUUCUUACUCUGACUUCUGGAUUCAAAUUUUAACUGUUAUAAUAAGCUCGGAACAUUUAGCACAGACAAUAAACAAUACCGUAUUCAGCUGAGUCAAUAAAAUUAAAAAGAUCAUUUGUAAUUUACAUUUAUUUAAAUCCAAAAAGUCCAAAAUAAAUUGCUGAGAUGUUUAUAUUGCAUUUACACAAUCUUUAUUCCGUCCUUAUAAUAAGAUUGUUAUUCCUUAGUUGCCUUUAUCGCACAAUUAUGCAAUUUUAUGUCAUAGUUAUGCACUCUUUAUCUUAGCCUACGAUAUCUUUAUCUGAUAUUUUGUGUAUCUGAGAGUUAGUGACGAGAUGUCUGCAGAGUAUCUCCUCGUUAGUGACGCGAUGUCUGCAGAGUAUCUCCUCGUUAGUGACGCGAUGUCUGCAGUGUAUCUCCUCGUUAGUGACGCGAUGUCUGCAGAGUAUCUCCUCGUUAGUGAUGCGAUGUCUGCAGAGUAUCUCCUCGUUAGUGACGCGAUGUCUGCAGAGUAUCUCCUCGUUAGUGAUGCGAUGUCUGCAGAGUAUCUCCUCGUUAGUGACGCGAUGUCUGCAGUGUAUCUCCUCGUUAGUGACGCGAUGUCUGCAGAGUAUCUCCUCGUUAGUGACGCGAUGUCUGCAGUGUAUCUCCUCGUUAGUGACGCGAUGUCUGCAGUGUAUCUCCUCGUUAGUGACGCGAUGUCUGCAGUGUAUCUCCUCGUUAGUGACGCGAUGUCUGCUGUGUAUCUCCUCGUUAGUGACGCGAUGUCUGCAGAGUAUCUCCUCGUUAGUGACGCGAUGUCUGCAGUGUAUCUCCUCGUUAGUGACGCGAUGUCUGCAGUGUAUCUCCUCGUUAGUGACGCGAUGUCUGCAGGGUAUCUCCUCGUUAGUGACGCGAUGUCUGCAGUGUAUCUCCUCGUUAGUGACGCGAUGUCUGCAGUGUAUCUCCUCGUUAGUGACGCGAUGUCUGCAGAGUAUCUCCUCGUUAGUGACGCGAUGUCUGCAGUGUAUCUCCUCGUUAGUGACGCGAUGUCUGCAGAGUAUCUCCUCGUUAGUGACGCGAUGUCUGCAGAGUAUCUCCUCGUUAGUGUCAGUGAGGUAACUGUUAAUAAAGUUCUGAUCCAGCAGAGUUUGAAUGUCCUCACGACGUUUGGGACCACACGUUGCCUUUAAACAGAUUUCUGUUUUAAAACACGACUGCAUGCUAAGGUAUCACGAGUUUCACUUUCUCAGCAGCAGACUACAUUACCCAUGAGCCUCGGCUGUUCUGUGCACAGCUGCUGAUCCACAAUCUAAAAGUAAAUGUUGACAUUUCUGAAUUGAUCCAACGAGUUAAUCUGCCUGGUAACAGAGAGUGAAGCCCUCUGAUUGGAUGUUUCUUAGCUUGAUGGGAGUUGUAGUUCUUUUCCAGACGGUUAAAUGGGGAAACAUUAUAUUAAUAAGUGUUAAAUGUGUUAUUUCGAACCACAAAUAUAAAACUUGACCGUCAUUUUAUUAAUUUCAAUUUCUGCCAAUGGGCUCUAAAAAAAACAAACACAUUUCAAUCUUUAACUUAUUUAUUUAUUUUAAUUUCUUUCCUUUCUACAAAUGUCUCGCCUGCAUUUUGAUCCCGAGUCUGAACUCUGGUACGAGCUCGAGCUUCAUUAUUCGCUUAAAUUUAAAGUUUAUUUAUCAGUAAACUUUUAGAGGGCUGAAACACACAAACGGUCUGAUCUUAGGGUUAGGGUUAAUUUAAGUUUAUCUGGAUAAUUAUCGUUAAGUAAAGACUGUUCCUGCACGAUUUCAACCAGAACAUUCAGAGAUUGUAAUGUUAUUUAAAUAAAGUUGACAUUUAGAGAAUCAAAGUCAGGUUUGGAGAUAAAUCCUAAAAAAUACAGUUUCAUUUUAAGAAAAUAAAAUGACUUUUUCUGGGAAUAUUUUUGAUUUUUAUUCCUGUACGUUUAAAAAUCAAAUUGUCAUAUUUGGGCUUUUUUUUAUCACUUAUAAAAUAAUGUACACACACACUCUCACAGACAGAAACACACACAGAGAGAAACACAGACAGAGACACACACACAGAGAGAAACACACAGACACACACACACACUCACACAUAAAGACACAAAUCUGAUUGAAAUUCUAAAAAAAUACGAUUUUUGUCUCAAAAUAACGACUUUGUUUUCAUAAAAUCUCAACUUUAUUAUUGAUCCCCGAUCAGUUUUGUUUUUUAAUCAGACCGAAGACUGUAGGCCAUGAAUGUGUUAAAGAUGUGGUUUUAUUUUGAUAAUAUUCUCACACACACACACACACACACACACACACACAGGUAAUAUGUGUAUUGAAACACUAAUUGUAAUGAUUCUUUCAAAAUAAAAGUAGCCCUUUAUCAAUGUC